AUGAACGACUCGCAGGAGCAGGCCGAUAAGGGCAGUCUGGAUACACCCGCUACCGGCAAUGGACAGCUUCUGCCACCUACUCUAUCGCCCAUCAGCGAGCAUGGAAAUGGAGACGCACCAACCUAUCCCGAUAUAUCGCUGAGUGCCAAGAACGGCAACACACCAGCUUUCCACCAGAGUGGCGAGCCUGAGCAACAUGAGCGACGCCGCAGCAGCGACAAUAAGCUACUGAAGCUAUCGCCACAACAGAUUCAAGAUUUGACCACCUCACGCGACUCACUUCCGCUCAGGCAACUGGAUGAAACGCUCUCUGCUCUCGACGAAGAAGAUGGUAAUGAGGAGUGGCACGAUGCUGCUCCAGAAUCACGUGGCUUGGGGCUGGCAAUUCACGCCGAGCCAUCGCCUGUGUCUCCAUUGAAUGGCCUUUCGAGCGUGGCAGCGACACCAGCUGGCGCUCCGCGUCCUUCUUCUACGCGCUCCUUCUCUACAUCUGUAACGCAGCGAAAGAGCUCAUCUUCCAGGUCUUCGAAGGACAAACCACAGCUGCCUCCGUUGAAAACUGAAGAAGCCAACGCAAGAAGGCCGAGUGGGACUGCAGUGAAAGCAUCCCCCAUGCCGGGCAGAGAUGCCUCCCCUAUGCCAUCGAUUCUCCCUAUUCCACCUCUAUCGCUGCCCACAUACCUUCAUUUGGAGCUUUCCUCCGAUAGACCAUCACCACUCUACAUCCACCGGUCAGCGUCGAGCGAGUUCCCCUACGAGUCUUCCAGGGUCAAGUUCGAAAGACUUUUGAACUUCAUGCGGCUUCCCGGUCAGCUCGAACAGAUUCUGCUUUUCGGCGCAAUAGCGUGUCUGGACGCAUGGUUAUACACAUUUACGAUUCUACCGCUACGUUUCUUCAAAGCAGUGGCAGUUCUGCUCCAGUGGAUUGGCAGGAAUGCCGCACAGGAAGCGCUUGACCUCGGAAGCUUCGUCUACAGUGGCCUCCGGCGUGUCUGGCAGCGACAGCGGGAAGCUUCAACGCCGGCACCACGUUUUGAAGCAAACAUGCCGACUCCUUUGGUGCCUAGCAGUCGCCGUACAUCAGUGUCGGAAAGUGAGCACUCCGCGCGAACUUCCUCUGAAGCCGCAGUAUCUUCCGGCGCGCGGUUCAGCGGACAUGUUGUAUUACCAUCGCCCAUCAAAAAGCCACGAAAGCGCUCUUCGGCGUUUCGGCAUCGUCGAACGCGGUCAACGCCCUCUGCUCUUCUACCAAAUCACAAAGCCGAUCUCUUGCAAGGACUCCUCAUCAUCUUGAGCUGCACAAUGCUCAUGUGGUUUGAUGCCAGUAGGAUGUACCACUCCAUUCGCGGCCAAGCUGCCAUCAAGCUCUACGUCAUCUACAACGUACUGGAGGUGUUUGACAGACUAUUCUCUGCACUUGGUCAGGAUGUACUCGAGUGCCUCUUCUCCAAAGAGAUACUUGAGAGAGAUACAGAUGGACGCAGCAAAGUCUUGCGGCCACUCUGGAUGUUCGCGCUGGCUUUGGUGUACAAUGUCGUCCAUGCAACGGCUCUCUUCUAUCAGGUGGUCACUCUGAACGUCGCGGUCAACUCAUACUCAAACGCACUCCUGACGCUUCUCAUGAGCAACCAGUUUGUGGAGAUUAAAGGAACAGUCUUCAAGAAGUUCGAGAAAGAAAAUCUUUUCCAGCUUACCUGUGCCGAUGUCGUGGAGCGUUUUCAACUUUGGCUGAUGCUGUCGAUCAUUGCAUUGCGCAACAUUGUCGAAGUCGGCGGCCUCAGCAUCAGUCUCAGCAGCGCUUUUGGAGGUGGUAACCUGAAGGAUACCUCUAUCACGAAUGGCACAAGUGUGCCACUCAUUUCAGGGUUUGUCAUACCGAAAGCCUUCACAUUAUUCCCCAAGUGGACGGGCGAAGUGCUUGGACCAUUCCUGAUUGUGCUGGGGAGUGAGGCCUUGGUCGACUGGUGCAAGCACGCGUACAUCACCAAGUUCAAUAACGUCAAGCCCAACAUCUAUGGUCGCUUCUUGGAUGUGCUGGCAAAGGACUACUACUCUCACGCUUUUGCAGACCAGAACCUGACGAAACGCCUUGGUCUGCCUGUCAUCCCGCUAAGCUGCCUCUUCAUUAGAGCUUGCAUGCAGACAUACCACAUGUUCUUGGCGACGCACAUGCCUCUGCCAAUCCCCUCAGCAGCGACAUCCAUCUCGUUAGACUCCGAGACAUCCUCAUCUUCACCAGCUACAACAGCCGCACUCCAGCACAUCGACCAGGUCUUCCGUAGAGCUCUCGGCCGCUCAUCGUUCGGUGCAGGCUCGCAUACUGGCUCGGCUUUCUGGUGGAGCAUCGACGACUUCAUCGCUUUCGCGACCAUGAUCAUCGUCUUCCUGGCCAUCUACCUUGUCCUUCUGGCCUGCAAACUCCUCCUUGGCAUGGCAUUGCUCUCGUACGCUAGAAAUCGUUACAAAGGCAUGAAAGACCGCGAACAGCAGAGUGUGGAUACCCACGGCAAGCGAGUCGGCGGAUGGGGCACGACAGAGGUCGGCGAGGACAAGAGACGCUGGAUUUAUGAGGAUGACCCGGAUGCGUUGCGGGAACUGGAGAAGAAGGAACGGCGGGCUAGAGAAAAGGCUGAAAAGGGCGAGAUGAAGCUUGAUGGGGUGGAGAGGUAUAGUAUGGCUGCUAAGAGGAUCUGGUAG